AUGCAGAGGGAACUUCCGAUACGGGAGAAUGGUUUCUACCUUUCAACUAUCCUUGGCAGCAAUUUAAACAUUUCUCUUUUAAAUUCUGAUGAAAGGUACAAAUACAAAAAGGAAUACGAAUCUUUCAAAUUAUCUGUUACUUUUGUGAUUCUUGCCAUUUUUGUUUUGGCUUAUAUUCUGCCGCCGUUUAGGAUAAUUGAUGCACUCUGUAAUUUUCUCCUUGUUUGGUAUUAUUGCACUUUAACCAUCCGUGAAUCAAUUCUUCGUCUAAAUGGAUCUCGUAUUAAAGGUUGGUGGGUUUUGCAUCAUUACAUUUCUUGUGUACUUUGUGGAAUUACUUUAACUUGGAGAGAUGGAGAUUGUUAUGAUCAAUUUAGACAUGUUUUUAUUUAUUUUGUUUGUUAUAUUGGCUCUGUCCAAAUAAUUCAAUAUAAAUACCAGACUGGCUGUUUGCGACGAUUACAUGCUUUGGGACAACGUCACUGUAUGGAUGUAACUUUAGAAGGAUUUAGUAGUUGGAUGUUUAAAGGAUUGACUUUCCUUCUACCUUUUUUAAUUGUUGGAUAUGCUUUCCAAGGCUAUUGUUCCUACAGACUUUUUGACAUUUAUUUACAUAAAGAUUGUUCUCGUGAAUGGCAAGUAAUUGUUUUGGCUAUUAUGUUUGCAAUUAUUUUUAUUGGAAAUUCUGUUACUUUGGGCCUAGUCAUUAUAAAGAAAUAUGCCAAAUCGGACCUUUCAAAGCUUCCAAACAAAUAUCGAGAUAAAACGUUAUAA